AUGCAUCUCAUGGGCACGGACAUAUUGGGAAAUCCCGAAAGCAUCCCAGAAGACGCGAUAAGGCAAGACGUCAGUCGUAAUAAACUUCAUCCUGGUAUUUUUGGAAAGGUUGAUAUGCGAGUAUUCCAUUUGAAUAAGAAUCACUUCUAUUGUUCAACCGUGAACGUUGAUCGGAUGGUCGUUUGGUUCGGAAAUGAUCGACGAUCAAGCCACACCUACUAA